UAUGAUGGAGCUCGAGUUAUGAGCGGACAAUUCAAAGGCUGUGCGGCUAUUGUCAGAAAAACGUGUCCAGAUGCUCUUUACUUGCAUUGCGCUAAUCAUAACUUAAAUUUAGCCAUCACACACGCAUGCGAUAUAUCAUCAAUCCGAAAUUGCAUGUCAACUGUCAAAGCGGUAGUGAAUUUCUUCCGUAAUUCAAACAAGGCUGGAAAUUUGUUGAAGUCACAUAUCCUCGCAGCGAACUCUGGAGCGAAGCAGACCCGUCUUCUCAAAUUUUGUGAAACGCGUUGGGUUGAACAUUUGGCAUCGCUCAGUUUGUUUUUCGAAGUGUUACAAUUUAUUUGCUCAGCACUUGAAGACAUGAAUGAAAUGAACAUCAAAUCUGAUGGUGUUCAGCCAAAUACAUUGCUUGCGUCUAUUCGGACGGCUGAGUUCAUCAUAGCGUUGACUGUGCUGAAACCUAUCUUCAGCUUGACGAAAAAUCUGAGCCUGUUCCUCCAACAGGAAGACUGCGAUUUGAGCCAAUGCGUCAGUUACGCGAACGAUGUGCACCAACAAAUCAAGCAGAUGCGAGUACAAGCUACAGAAAAAUUCAGCGAAAUCUUUAUUUUAGCGACUGAAGCAGCAGAAACCAUUGAUGCUGAGCUGACUGUUCCUCGACGAGUAGGACGACAGAAAAAUCGGGACAACUACGAAGGGAGUAUUGAAGAUUACUAUCGUCGAUCAAUUUACAUUCCGUUCUUGGACAAAUACUCAGAAGAGCUCGAGUCGAGAUUUUUGGAACAAAGGAAUAUUCUCUCCAGGAUACAAAACAUCAUUCCGGAGAAAUGUGCGGACAUUGAUGUGUCUGAAUUACACGAUACUGUUCAAACCUUGAAAGAAGAAUGGCCAAAUGACAUCCCUGUAUUCACCGAAGAAUUCGAAGCAGAAAUUGAGUUGUGGAAAAGAAAAUGUUCAAAUCUUUCCAAAGAGAAGCCCAUAAAAACAUUCAUCGAAGCUUUGGACGUUUGCGAUGAAACAUUCUAUCCAACGGUAUACCGAUUUCUUCAGAUCGGUGCAACACUGCCAGUAACAGUGGCUUCGAGCGAACGGUCGUUCUCUACACUACGAAGAUUGAAGACAUAUUUACGCAAUAAGACUGGAGAGCAAAGAUUGAAUGGAUUGGCGCUUCUAAACAUUCACCGGGAUCUGGAAGUAACCUCUGACGCAAUAUUGAGUAUAAUGGCCCAAAAACCAAGAAAGAUCGAUAUUACAUUGUGAAUUAUUCAUGAAUAAAUUAUAAAUAUUCACAUUCAAACUUAACUUACCUAACCCCC